CAUCACCAGUGUAAGUGUAAGGGACCAUCUCUAAGGUCGUCCUCGACCAAAAACGUUACUCCACCUAUUGUUCUGGCGGUGAAUUGCUUUGCAACACGUGCAACCCUUGGAGAACCAUACAUUAAAACUAGUCCAUCGACACAACUGCGUGAAAAGCCGCAGCCGCAGUUGCAGAACCAUGCGCUCGGCUUAAAGACAGCCUAGGCUACUACUUGCAAUAUCCACUUUUAACUCAAAUCUACCUGUAUGGUGACAUAGACUAUAGGAUGGCAGCGCCAGGGUGGUAGGAUAAGAGCCGAAAAAUACAACAAUCUACAAACAUUGGCUGGCUGGAUCAGGAAAGUGCAGGCGCUCUUCAGGGAGUACAUUUUUCAAAUCCUUGUUUGUCUAUGGUGUAAUUGGUUCCAAUAACCACUUGAGAGCAGUAGAGAGCUGAGCUUAAUCACAACUUUCUUCGAGCAGUUAGAUACACUCCUGUGUAGGUAUUUCAAGCAGAAUGUUAAGUUACUCGUAACGGCAAACCAUCUCUGAAAAUCAGUUUUUUUUUUUUUUUUUACACAGUGGCUGUUUUCAUGAACUUUUAAGUAAUUGUGUUAAACGUUGGUUGUUAUAAUAACAGCUCUAUUUGCCGUAGUUAAGGACCAUGGGAACCUGUUAUUAAAGGAUGGAGAAGACUCUCCUUAAGUGAAUUUAUAUUUGUAUAAUUUAUAUAUAGGGACCGAGUUUUAUUAUCAGAUAACUGUCAUUGCCUAUGUAUAUCUUACUGUCAAUGGGAAAAUAUCUACUGUUUAGUAAAUUGUUAAUUUGUUAUCAUGUCUCUAAAUACCUCUGUCUACACUACAGUAUGUGCAUCAUUAUACAAUGCAUCUACCGUGUGUGACGUGCUGUGGUUGUAGGCGGGGUCACGUGUAGGGAUGGCAGGGUUUGAUAAGCGCUUGCGCGCUUUAGUGAAGACAAGCGCAUCCAACCAACUGGAAAUACAGAUGUGUAUUCUCGUAUUCUAACCUAGACGCAGUCCACCAACGACGGCUACAAACAGAAGAAAAGACACGCAUAUGAAGAUGGUGUAUUUUUCAUACCAGUCUUUUGGCGAAUAGUAGGCUAUAGGCUACAGCUAGGCUAAGUUGAUUUGGUCGAUUCGGUGUAGAAAGACAAUGUGCCGAAGAGCGCUCCAUCUGUAAACAACCGACGUUUUCGUGAAAUAUCUCUCCGUCUCCGGUGAUGGGAUAUGAUGGAGGACAAGGGCCCUCGUGUAGCCGACUACUUUGUGGUGGCCGGCCUAACGGACUCCUCUAAGCCCCUGGAGGAGGAGGUCCACUUCGACGAUGUCUGCCACCGCACGGCCGGCCAGGCCAAGGCCCCCAUCACCGACGUGGCGGUGGUCAUCCGCUCGCAGGGGGAGGAGGUGCCGCGCGGGUACACCUGCGUGGAGACCACGCCGACGGGGCUGCCCGCCGAGCUCAACGGGGGCACACUCAUGGGGCCCCAGAUCUUCCUGUGCUUCCGCAGGGGCCGGGACAAGCCCCCCCUCACAGACCUGGGAGUCCUCUAUGAGUGGAAGGAGAAGCUGAAGCCGGGCUGUCACAUCAUCCAGACCACGCCCUCUGGUCGCCCCGCCAACAUCAGUAGCUCCUCCUCCCAGCGCAUAUACAUCACCUACCGCCGGGCCCACGAGGCCAACUCUCACGCGUCAUUGGCUGUCAAAGACAUCUGUGUCAUCAUUCCAGGCAAAGGGGAGACGCCCCCUCACGCCUACUGCAAACUGGAGAAGAACCUCAACAGCAGCAUGUGGGGGUCGUCUGUGUACCUCUGCUACAAGAAGUCCAUGGCCAAAACCAACACACUGGCAUUCAAAGCAGGUCUGCUCUCGCGGUUCCCAGAGGAGGACUAUGAGGCCUUCCCCCUGCCUGAGUCCGUGCCUCUGUUCUGCCUGCCCAUGGGGGCGUCCAUCGAGUGCUGGCCCGCUCACACCAAAUACUCCCUGCCUGUCUUCUCCACGUUCGUUCUGACCGGGAACUCUGGGGAGAAGGUGUACGGAGCGGCCAUCCAGUUUUAUGAGCCACACCCAGAGGAGCGUCUGACGGAGAAGCAGCGCACACAGCUGGGCCUGCAGGGAGGGGGCGCGCGGGCGGAGACCUCCAUGGCCGUCCACACCAGCAAGAGCAUCUGCCUGCUGUCUCACUGGCCCUUCUUCGACGCCUUCCGGAGCUUUCUCACCUUCCUCUACCGCUACUCCAUCUCCGGCCCCCACAGCCUCCCCAUAGAGAAGCACAUCUCCAACUUCAUGCACAAAGUGCCCUUCCCCUCCUCGCAAAGGCCUCGCAUCCUGGUCCAGCUGUCUCCACACGAUAGCCUGAUGCUGAGCCAGCCAGUGUCCUCGCCGCUGCCCUUGAGUGGCGGUCGUCUGUCCACGCUGCUGCUGAACCUGGGCCCCAAGAACGCGGCCAGCCUGCUGGUCCUGGCCGUCACCGAGCACAAGAUCCUGCUCCACUCGCUGCGGCCCGCCGUGCUCACCAGCGUGGCCGAGGCCCUCGUGUCGAUGAUCUUCCCGUUCCACUGGCCGUGCCCGUACAUCCCGCUGUGCCCGCUCACCCUGGCGGACGUCCUCAGCGCCCCCUGCCCCUUCAUCGUGGGCGUCGACUCGCGCUACUUCGACCUCUAUGAACCCCCGGCCGACGUCAGCUGCGUGGACCUGGACACCAACACCAUUUCCCACAAAGAGGACAGGCGAUCGCUGACCUGGAAGAUCCUGCCAAGGAAAGCCUGUAAACAUCUGAUCAACGCCCUGAGCAGCCUCCACCAGCAGCUGGCCGAAGGCGAUCUGGUGACGCGCGAGGACGGCCAGAUCGAGCCGGCCAUGAGCGACCGUGACCCCGGCAGCGGGGGCAAGAGCCUGCAGACCCUGGAGCUGGAGAUCCAGGAGGCCUUCCUGCGCUUCAUGGCGGCCAUCUUGAAGGGCUACCGCUCCUAUCUGCUGCCCAUCACCGAGGCUCCCUCGGAGAAAGCCACUGACGCCAGCUCCCUCUUCGACCUGCAGGGGUUUCUGAAGAGCCGCGAUCGCUCGCACCAGAAGUUCUACUCGCUGAUGACCAAGACCCAGAUGUUCAUCCGCUUCAUCGAGGAGUGCUCUUUCGUCAGCGACAAGGACGCCAGCUUGGCCUUCUUCGACGACUGCGUGGACAAGCUCUUCGGAACUGAGAAAGGAGGCAAGGUGGACAGUGAGAAGCUGGAGGACGCUCGGCUCAUUGAGUUGGAUAAGUCCCACCGCAGUGAACACACAGUCUUCGUCACCCCCCCAGAACUGCCCCCCGUGCCCGAGGGAGAGGAGCCCACAGCACGCUACAGUUACGCCGGCUUCCCUGCUCUUAAUGUCGAGCUCUGCCAGUCUCAGGAGGGGCAGCACAUCACCAUGGCAACCUCAGCAGCCAGACACGCCAGCCCCACCAGCCCCGCGGCAAUCUUCCGGCGCUCCAAGCAGGAGAUCAAACUGGCCCAGAAGAUGGCCAAGACGUACUCGUCCGUGCCCCAGAUGUGGUCCAGGUGCCUGCUGCGGCACUGCCACGGGCUGUGGUUCAUCUGCCUGCCCUCCUACGUCAGCGGCUGCCACUCCAAGGUGCGGGCGCUGCGCACCGCCUACGACCUCCUCCGGACCAUGCAGGACAAGAAGCUGCAGCCGCCAGACGAGGUGUGCUACCGGGUGCUGAUGCAGCUGUGUGGUCAGUAUGGGCAGCCUGUGCUGGCCGUGCGCGUCCUCUUUGAGAUGAAGAAGGCGGGGGUGCAGCCCAACGCCAUCACCUACGGCUACUACAACAGGGCGGUCCUUGAGAGCACGUGGCCCUCCACCACUAGAGGGGGCUACUUCCUGUGGGGGAAGCUGAGGAAUGUGGUGCGGGGCGUGGUCCAGUUCAAACAGGUGUGGCGGAGGCAGGCCACCGUCUCCAGGGAGACCCACCUCUCAGACGCCAGCGAUCUGGACAGCCUGAGUCACGGGAGUGUGGACAGCGCUAACGACUCGGUUGAGCGCGCCUCCCUCGACACCGACUUCGCCAAAAUGGACUCCGGCGAUGACAGAUCAAGCACAGGAGGACAGUCAGAUCAGGGCUACGAUUCCUUAUCCAAAGAAGAGGUGCGUCUUGUGGGUGGGGAAGAGCAGGUCUGCCCUCGUGACGUGAAGGAGAAGGAGAAACAAAAGGAGAAGGAGAAACACAAGGAGAAACACAAGGAGAAGGAGAAGGAGAGAAGCACUGGACCCUCUGUGGAGCAAAGUGAAGCUUCUAGAAGACCAGAUUCCAUCUCUCUCCUUCAACAUCCUGCUGCUAUUGUACCGGACGUCAACACUGUGGCUGACUCCGGUUCUAGGCGCCCGUCCACGGCAGCACCGCCACCGCCCACGGCUGAGCCUGGCCGCGCCGCAGCCCCGGUCACAGGACCGCCGGUCACAGGACCGCUGCCCAAGAGCAGCAGGCCCAACUCCCUGGCCAUCUUCGGAGAGACACGCCCGCAACGCCCCCGCUCACCGACCGUCACCCCCACCUCUGAGGAGGCCCCGGGGGAGAAGGAGGAGGAGGAAGACGGGGCGGCUGGAAGCAGAGGGGGGGGCAGAGCCAAAGCCGGCGUGGAGCGGAGCAUGAGCUGUGGCGUUGCCGUGGAGACGGAGGUGAUUGUCGGGGGCCGUGGUGCGCGGCGUGCGGGCGGGGGGGUGUUGAGGAGUGUGAGCGUGGGCGCGGGGCUGAGUGGAACGGUGAAGCGCAGCGACAUCCAGGCCGGCUUCGACCCGCUGUCCCUGCUCGCCGCAGAGACACACACACACACGCACACACACACGCAGGCGCAGACGCCUGAAGACGGGGAAGGAGAGAGGGAGGGGGACACACCAGACACCCCCACAGCGCACAGCCACUUGGCAGAGGAGAUCAAACUCCACAUGGACAACCUAAGCAGCCCUGUCAGUGGCCGGCCGCACAGUGUGGACCAGAGGGGCCACCGUACUCCUGUUCCCUCCCCUCUCAACUCUCCUAGACGAUCAGCCGCGUCGAAGCCCCAGACACCACAGCACCCCGCGCCCCCACUCCCCCCCCCACCCCAGAGCCCCCUCCAGCCCCAGCCCGUGCUACGCAGCCGCCUCUUCUCCUCGCCCUCGCUCCCCCAGGGGGGGGUCCGCAGGCAGAGGGAGCGCCCCACCUCCCUCAUAUCGCCCUCCUCGCCCUCCCCCACCCCCUCCUCCUUCUCCAUGGACUCCCUCUUCACACCCACCCUCGACGUCUUCAAGAGCAGCUUCCUGUCCGCGGGCAAGGGCGUGGCCGAGAAGGCUAGCCGCCUCUACUCACGCCUCUCCUCCCAGACCUCCCUGCAGCUGGAUGCCAACUCAGACCAGGUCAGCAUCUCGUCCAUGGGCUCCGGUGACCCAGAGUGCUCCUCGCUGUUCGAUGGGGACUCGUGCUUCGACCCGGACGGUUUCACGUCGCCCAAGCGAGACGGCGCCCUCUACCUGUCCCGACCCCGGAGGAGCCCGCGGAGGAGCAGUCAGAGCCAGGAGAGCCCCACAGCGCCCCCUAGGCUCUUCCGCCAGUCCUCCCUCUACGGCUCUUCAGCCGCCCUCUCCAGACCCCCACACACUCCCGACUCGUCUCCUGACAACGGCCACUCCGCUGCCCACCAGGGUUACGCCAUCGAGGUCCUGAUGUCCAGCUGCUCGCGCUGUAACACCUGUGAGUGUCUGGUGUACGACGAGGAGAUCAUGGCGGGGUGGACGGCGGACGACUCCAACCUCAACAGCACCUGCCCCUUCUGUGGGUCUCCCUUCCUGCCGCUCCUAGAUGUGGAGAUCAGGGACCUGCGCAGCCAGAAGAGGCCCCCCCCUCAAGAGGUGGUGUCAUCCUGCAGUAACCAGACCCCUGCCAGCGAGGGUCAGACUGAGAGCCCAGCCAGCGCCCCUGCCCGCGCCCCUGCCAGCGCCCAUGCCAGCGCCCCUGCCAGCGAGGGUCAGACUGAGAGCCCAGCCAGCGCCCCUGCCAGCGCCCGCAGCCCCGCAGAAGAGGAUCCACCUAAGGACCCGGCAGCCACGCCCAGAGACCCGGCCGAGGCCGAGGCACCAGCCGACGCAGCAGCCGACGCACCAGCUGACGCACCAGCCGACGCACCAGCCGUCUCAGCCAAAACGGCCUCGGAGCCGGUGAGGGUGCCCUACCUGAGCCCCCUGGUGCUGUGGAAGGAGCUGGAGUCCCUGCUGGAGAACGAGGGCGACGAGGCGCUGGGCUCCGCCGCCGUGGUUGACCACCACCCCAUCGUCUUCUGGAACCUGGUCUGGUUCUUCCGCCGCCUGGACCUGCCCAGCUGCCUGCCCCCGCUCAUCCUCAGCUCGCAGCACUGUCGCCAUGACGACCAGGACUCUCAGAGUGGUUCUUCAGAGGACAGCAAGAACGUUCUGGUCCAGAUUCUGUGGGACAAUCCCAGACUGCACCAGGACCCCAUCCAGCCCUGCUACAGGCUCUGGAGCAAACACUGUGUGAGUGUGAGUGUGUGUGGUCCGUCUCCGCUGUGGGAGGAGGAGAGCUCGGAGCAGACGGUCAGUCUGGAGCUGCUGCAGAGCGUGGUCAAGAGCAUCAAGAGGAACGACGUCUACCAGCCCAUGAGCCAGGUCCUCCAGCUGCUGGGAGACAGCCUGGGCUUCACCCGACAGAGGAGUCUGUACAGAGACCUUCUCUUCCUGUCCCUGGUGGCCUUGGGCAAGAACAGUGUUAACAUUGAUGCCUUUGACCGUGAGUAUAAGAUGGCGUAUGACCGCCUGACCCCAGGUCAGGUGAAGCUGACGCAUAACUGUGACCGUCCGCCCAGCGCAGGGGUGAUGGAGUGCCGCCGGACGUUUGGCCUCCCCAGCCUGUGACUCCCCCCCCCUGGACGCCCUCCCCCCGCCCCAGCCUCCCUCCU